AACUAAAUUGGAAGCUGCGGAAGACGAGGUUGCGGAGUUGAAAAGAAAAUUGAGAAAAACGAACGAGGAUUAUAGACAAAAAAUAAAUGUAGAGAAGAAAGAUAAGUCCCACUCCACCACGUCGCCUCCCCGGCCAACACCAAAGCAACGGAAUAAAAAUGGGUAAGUGUAAUGUCAAUGAUUAAAUGGAUUCAUUCAUAACAAAGACAGAUAAUUCGUCCAGAUGCUCGGCAACUGCACUCGAGCAGCAUCUGGUUGCAUUUUUAUUUAUCCAUAUAUAGCUUUCACUUGCAUCGUCGUAGUAUAUUUACAAGAACUUGUGAUUAAUGCUUGGCAACUAGAUUCUGUAGCUCAGUACUCAGAGCGCUGACAGUCUGUACACAGGCUGGCCCUCUAGCAAGAAUCGAACCACUUGCGGCCCUGCGAUUCCAGUGAAGCACUCUAACCAACUUGGCUACAGAGGCAGGUUGGCGAGCUCUAACCACAAAUUCAUGUAUAUACUGUAUGGAUUGGCCGAUGAUACUUCUUUAGUACAAAUUGCGGCCCAUUAUACUGAAAGAAGACCCUUGCGCCUGAUUAUAAAACACGUGAAAUGUUUCUCAUUGGUAUAAUUGUUCGAUAUAGUUCCCUGAAGAAAAGGAUUAGUUUUCAUGAAGAUAUCGUUAGAGAAGACAAGCAGGAAGAUUUAUUCAGUCGUAAAGAAGACGAUGCCGCCAGAGUUUUACAGAGGAACUGGAAAAAGUAUAAUUAUCAG